AUGGCCAUCUACGCAUCGACCGGGCAGACAGCCCGCCUGUUCUCCAAGAGACUCCCCGCUCGCCAGUGGCAGAGACACUUCAGUGCUGCUCGCCCGGUGUUUAAGGAGAUCCAGGAUGCUUACAUUCUCAGCGGUGCCCGCACGCCGACUGCAAAGUUUAACGGCUCUUUCGCCUCAGUUUCUGCCCCCGAGCUGGGCGCAACGGCCAUCAAGUCGGCCAUGAGCAAGUCGAAUGUCCCCACCGAGAAAAUCACAGAUGUCUACAUGGGUAACGUGCUGCAAGGGUCGGUGGGACAAUCCCCAGCUCGACAGGCCUCUAUCUUCGCCGGUCUGUCUCCCACCGUGGAAGCUUUGACAGUCAACAAGGUGUGUGCGUCUGGCCUCAAGGCUGUCGCACUGGCCGCGCAGAACAUUCAACUUGGUCUGGCGGAGGCCCAGAUUGCCGGUGGCAUGGAGAAUAUGUCUCGGGUUCCGUACUAUCUUCCUCGUGCCGGCCAGUUGCCUCCGUUUGGUGAUUUGAAGCUGGAAGAUGGUUUGGUUAAGGACGGUCUCUGGGAUGUCUACAACAAAUUCCACAUGGGCAUUUGUGCCGAGACCACGGCGAAGAAAUACGAUAUCUCCCGGGAAGCCCAGGAUCAGUAUGCGAUUCGGUCCUACGAGAGAGCACAGAAGGCCUGGGCCGAGAACAAGUUUGCGGACGAAAUUGUGUCUGUCACCGUCAAGGGCAAGAAGGGAGACACCGUGAUUGAGCGUGACGAGGGGUACGAGAACUUGCGUGCCGACAAGAUGGCGACUUUGAAGCCGGCCUUCCUCAGAGACGGUACUGGUACCGUGACUGCUGGUAAUGCUUCGACUAUGAACGAUGGAGCCUCUGCCCUGGUCAUCACUAGCAAGGACAUUGCCCGUGAAUUCGGUCAGGGUAACCGUGCCUUGGCGCGCAUCGUCUCCUCUGCCGAUGCUGCCAUUGACCCCGUGGACUUCCCCGUUGCCCCCGCCAAAGCAGUCCCAAUUGCUCUUGAGCGAGCCGGAAUCACCAAGGAGCAAGUUGCCGUGUGGGAAUUCAACGAAGCGUUUGCCGCCGUCAUCAAGGCCAAUGAGAAGAUCUUGGGACUUGAGAACGCUCGCGUCAAUCCUCUUGGAGGAGCCAUCUCCCUUGGACAUGCCCUUGGUAGCUCUGGAUCGCGUAUCCUGGUAACCCUUCUGCAUCAGUUGCAGCCUGGUGAAUAUGGUGUUGCUGCUAUUUGCAAUGGUGGCGGUGCCGCUAGUGCCAUGGUUGUCCAGAAAUUGGAUAAGACUCCCAAAAAAGCCAGCCAAGGUGCAGAACCUGCAUCUAGCGCCCGCCAGCCAAGCGCGUGGCAGAUCGCACGAGUUCGUACAAAUGUAUUCACGGACGAAGAAUGGCCCACGAUACUGGCUCAGCAGCGGGCCAAUUUCUCUGUCGGGCGCGAGCAGUCCCUCAGUAAUGUUGCUGCUCUGGCUUGGUCGCCGCCGGGGGUGGGAAAGUCCCGACGUUGUGUGCUGGCAGUCUUAACGUCCAAUAUGGUGCUGUCCCUGUUUGAAGCGGUCGGUGCACAGGGGAAGUGGACGCGAGUGGCUCUUGUUAAUCAGGCGUUGAGCCAGCGGGCUCAAUCAUUGACGCAGAGGGAAGGGGAGCGGGUGCGGAAGUCUUCGAUUACUUCGUUUGCCUGGUGUCCUGCGCUCAAGGUGCCUGCUUCGGAGGAUGGAAAGACUCCGCAUUCAAGGGAUGGGGCGGAGAGCAGGUGGGGGAUUCAUUUGCUUUCCGUUGUUACGGAUGAGAAUGAGGUCAUUCUGCUGCAUCCGAGAAGGACGUCUACUGGCUACUCGAUAGAGAUGCUGUCGAGUGUAUUCGUUGAAGAAUCCGCCCUGCGAUAUCCUCAAAUCCAGCCUGGUUCGGUAUUAUCGACCGUACUUAAGACGCAAACAAAAUCUUUGUCUAUCGCGUGUGGGCCCUGGUUCUACCGUCUCAGUGGAAAGGGUAGGCAAGCUGUCUCGUCUGCAACUGCAAAUGUGGCUGUUCUGUAUGGCACGACAGUCAAAUUGGUCAGAUUGGAUAUUUCAUUAGCCAGGGAUGAAGAGCAACAGCAGUCUCAAUCUCGUCACAAAAUCACGGCUGAUUGUCAAGAGAAUACUCUUGUUCAGUGGCCAGAUAUGAACUAUUAUCAUUGCACGGGUCCACUUCAAUGGUUAUAUAAGGAUGGGUCUCCAGAAUUACGGCUUACGUGUGGCACUUUCGGCGGUAUGCUUCUUAUAACACUCUCAUCCAGUGCCUACGAUGGAACGGGGGCUGCCAGUCAAGCCCAAUUACAAGAAUCAUUGUUCGAGACAAACGCAGCCGGCGCGGACAGUGAAGAACGGGGACAUUGGGAAGCAAUUGGAGGAAUGAGGUCCAUAUUCGACAAACAGACAGACAGUCAAACCCUGCACCUUGGCACCAUCGGAGGAUACACGUUAUCCAUGAUCCCUUCAGCAGACCACACCAGCUACCAGUUCUCUGAACCUCCAUGGAAGCAGCAAUUCGACGGCAUUCGCGAGCGAUUCGAUAUUGACGGUGACCUGGCCGGACUAGCGAUCGGUCGCAUUUGGGGUCUCGCAGAUUGCCGGGGGCUUGUCGCCACGGCAUUUACUUUAAACCCAGGAGAUCUGAUUGAAUACCGCACUGCAGCGGAGGAACGAACGACGAUUAUUUUCUCCCGAGCAUACGACCCAGCUCGUGAGUCCGACGACGCCGUCAUCCGUCCAGCUGAACCGGACCGUUCUCCUAGUUUCCUGCGCGCAAUGCGUGAAGAGAUCUUGAGCUACAUCCUCUUUUCAAACAACGGCAAAUUCGAUCAGCAACUAUGGGGUUCCAAGCUAAUUUAUGCUGCUGCGUGUUGCACGCUUGUCGAAUCUGAGGAUCCCAAGUUACUGUCGCAAGCCCAGAAGGCACUUGAAUGGUUAGCCAAAACGACGGGGGCCGAUCUAUCCGAGGAGAUCAACAAGAUAAAAAACAAGAUAGACAACCUCAAAGACAAAACAAACAAAAGCUCGGCCCCAGGGCCCAUUGGAUUGGGUGGCAUUCCGGUCAAGAAGCACAGUGCGCCUCGGGUCAUCUAUUUGUUCGAUGUGGAUUGA